AUGUCUCAAUCAUCACAAAUGAUGCAACAACCACCAAUAAAUCAACAGUCCAGGGUUUUUAAUCAACCUCCUCAAUCAUCUUUGCCUCCACAAUUGAUCCAACAACAACAACAGUCCAGGAUUUUUAAUCAAUCUACUCCUUAUCCUCAAUACUCACAAGCUUUACCUCCCCAGCAACUACAACAAAACUAUGCACCACAAACAUCCCAAUUCUCUCAAAACAUGGCACCACGACCAUUUCAAUCACAG